CCUGCGCAGAGUCGAGAGAAAACGCUAAACUUCUGCGGAAAACCCGGCCAACAGCGGCAGUCUCUGCGCCAGACGUGUUUGCGUUGAUUGAUCCGCAGCAGCUGAGAGGCAGAGACGCAUAAACGUCCUUUUCUGUUCACGCGCGCAUCCCGGUGCUAAGUUUGUUCCGGUCCACUCACCGGGGCUCCGGGGGAAGCAGCCAAUCACAGAAGGAGCUCGUGAAUGAAGUUCGAUAUCAAACAUAAUGUUGGUCUUUAAACUGAAGUCUGUUUAAAAUGUAAAGCCAAAUGUUUAUCUUCAAGGUGCUCAGAAGCAUUUAGUCGUGUAAACUCAGCAGAGGAGGAGCCGAGCGCGUCCUGAGGAGCAGCUGCAUUAUUCACCAGAGCAGGAAAACACACAAGCAUCAGCUCCAGAGAAGACGGAGGCAGAGCCGUUCUCCUCCUGAGAGCUCUGAACAAUCCAGCCCACGGCUCUGGAGGAUGAGCGACAGAUCCGUUUUACUUUAACUUCCCUCAAAGCAGCAGGAAACGGUGAUCUGUGUCAGAACCAGAACCACCUCACCUGUCUGCAACAGAACCCUCACAGCUUCACACCAACAGCAGCAGCUGUGCUCCUGGUUCUGCUGGCUGGGCCUGGUCUAAACCGGUCCAUGGACUCACCCCAGCCCAGCUCUGACCUUUUGUGAUGAUGUCAUUUUCAUUCUUCUCGUUCCAACCUGCCUGCUCUUGUGUGUGUGUGGAAACGUCGUUCCUGGAAGCCGCGUGUGGCUCAUCCGACCUGUUCUCCGGCUGGUGUUGUGGCGGUGGAGCAGUCCCGGCUUGUUCUGAAGACCUCUGUAGGAAAUGUCCUCCCAGGGUCCAACAUCACCUGACCGCUUGGACAAAGAGCCCACCAGCAUGGUCCAGGGUGCGUCUAACGGCUCGCGACUCAAGUACCAGUCUCUGGGGGUGCUGGUUCUGCAGACCACCAGCCUGGUCCUCACCAUGCGCUACUCCCGUACCCUAAAAGAAGACGGUCCUCGCUAUCUGGCUUCUUCUGCUGUGGUGUUGUCUGAGGUCCUCAAGAUCUUCGCCUGCACCGUCCUCGUCCUGUUUGAGAACAAUUUCAGUUUCAGAUCCAUGAACCAGCUUCUGAAAGAGGAGAUAGUCAAGAAGCCGGUGGACACCGUGAAGCUGGCCGUGCCUGCAGGGAUCUACACGCUGCAGAACAACCUGCUGUAUGUGGCCCUGUCCAACCUGGAUGCUGCCACUUACCAGGUAACGUACCAGCUGAAGAUCCUCACCACGGCGCUCUUCUCCGUCUCCAUGCUUGGGAAGAGGUUGGUCCUCCACCAGUGGCUCUCCCUGCUCCUCCUCAUGGCUGGAGUUGCUCUGGUCCAGUGGCCCACAGACUUGGAGCAGAAGGUGCUGACCCCCGGAUCUCAGUUUAUGGGUGUCACAGCUGUUCUGAUGGCCUGCCUGUCCAGCGGCUUCGCAGGAGUUUACUUUGAGAAGAUUCUUAAGGAGACCAAGCAGAGCGUGUGGGUCCGAAACAUCCAGCUCGGUCUGUUUAGCUUCGUGUUUGGAUUGAUGGGAAUGAUGGUGUACGAUGGUCGGAGUGUUGUGAAGUCUGGGAUGUUCCAGGGGUACAACACCAUCACCUGGAUCGUGGUUAUUUUGCAGGCUGUGGGGGGGCUGGUUGUCGCCAUGGUGAUUAAACACGCAGACAAUAUCCUUAAAGGAUUCGCCACCUCCAUGUCCAUCAUCCUGUCCACUCUCAUUUCCUAUUUCCUCCUGCAUGACUUUAAUCCCACCGGGGUAUUUUUUGUAGGGGCGAUGCUCGUGAUCGCGGCCACAUUUCUUUACAGCUACGAGGUCAAAGCAGCCAGCAGUGCUAUCGGAGUGUAGCCGGAGAGCUGUGGGAGCCGGCCUGCACGGGCGCAGUAGGACGCUCGGCUGGAGGAGGACUUUGGCUCUCGUGAAGAACGUGCAGGAGCAACGUUACCAGUUUGAGACGAGGCUAGAGGGGAAAACGCUGCUUUGAACACAAGAUGGGGGUUCCUUCUAAAAUACUUGGCUCCUCCUUUUCUCUUCCAAGUUCCCACUUUGACUCUCACAAGAGCAGAAACAUGUACUCGAAGUGCAACUAGAAAGAUCUGGAAGAUCACAUGAAGUUUCGUUGUUGUUUGUUUUCAGGACUUGAGUUUAGAUGUGAAAUGGGUAACAAGGUUGAGAGCGUAAUAAAACGGCACUAAACCAUCUGAUGAUGGCAGAAUGAGGGCUCCAUCUAGUGGUGGAGAGCAGCAGACCUGAGAAGCUGAGUGUUCUUGCUUAAUGGGAGGUGUCAUCAGUCAGAAAUCUCACAUUAAAGGACUGAUUUCACAUG